UUUUUUUUUUUUUUUGUCCUUACUUUGGUUUUUCUUUGUUGCUCGCUGCUGGGCACUUCUUGUCCUACCUUGGUGCUUUGUGGGCAUUGGACUUGGGCGGUGCAAGGUUUUGCAUUUCGAUAAAGAAAUGUUUGUGUGGUGUUGGUAGUUUAGCGAAUAGCAGUAGUAUGCCUUCGGUCCUGCGUAGUUAUGCAUGUCGAUAAUUCCGAAGGAUAUGUGCCAGUUGCCGAACCAAUAUGUUCAUGUUUCCAUGACGAACGCCGGUUAAUCGCAUUGCGUCAGCGUAUGCUCUCUAUCGCGGUUAAAUUGCACCCUUGUACCAGAUGUCGUCAUUUCCGCCUGCGUUGGUCCCCGAUAUCCAUGGGUCUCCCCGAUUCAGAUUGACAAUCUACGGAGUAGGGACCUGGUCGUGCACGAGCUGUAAAACAAGACUCGCUAACGCGGGAACCUGAGCGUCGCUCCUCCCGGUACCGACGAAUGCUUCGAAGCCAUCUUUUUUUAUCUGUGAUCCAUAGUUGGAGCCGAGCAACCAUCGUGAACCACGGGCCGAGUAUGUCGCGGCGAGAUCUGAACCGAUCAUGUCCUCGUAUCGGAUCUGGGUGCCCCCAUCUGGUCAGCUGGGAUUCUGCCCGCCACAGUGUUUCAUGUAUCCAGACUCCACCGUCCACCGCUGGUACUGCGAAUCGUAGAUUGAGGCUCUCCACGGACGAGAGACGGAGGCGAUCAUGGAUAACGGAGAGGACGGAGAUCGGAAAUGCGAGGGCCAGAAAAAAUUAUCAAAUUCUUCAUCGCCCCUGGCUGCACAUCUCCUCAAGCAUGGUUGCAUUGGACCCACGACGGAGGGUGCACCACGGGAAGGUCUCACGGUGAGACGCAGCGAUCAGUCGGGCCAAUCCUUCCAUAGGUAAAUCCAGUGAUAAGUACUCCGUACGUGGAGAAAUAGUGCCUCUGGAGUAAAAUUCUAUCCAGAUAGAGUUUCAGUCUAUGUCGGCGCUAUUUUCGUCCAGCCCUCGACCAAAGCUUCCAACACACUGCAAGAGGUCAAUCUAGCGAUGGCGGGCUUGGGAUAGUACCACGUCCCAUUCAUGGUUCGGUGGGCUCCAAUGACCCCAACGUCGUAGAGAUCUUGAAGGUUGGUUUUAAAGCGUUUCCAUGACCAACGACCUCGUAUACCGAAGUGUAGUGGCAAGUGGCAACGUGAUGAAACUCUGACCUGAGCUGGAAGGGAACUCGUGCGUGAAGAUCCCUGAAUUUAUUGUGUUCUCCGCAUCUUCUAAAUAGGCCGAAAGUCAACAUGAAAUUGGCUCAUUCCAAAUGGAAGGUGUCACUCUCUGCAAGAGUCAAUAGUGAGAGUUUCCCCAACUCUGGGACUGGGUGGUUAGGCGAAAACCUUGGUUUGCGUGAUUUCACCAAGUAGUGACACCUCCUUCCCGUCUGAGAAUAAGCACUGGGGGAGAACCGUGGUCACUUUUGGUACUAUGCAAUCAUGAUCAGCAUAAUAGAGCCCACGUUCUCUCUCUUUUCUCCAACUCCCAGCGGCCCGCAUAUACCGGACAGGGACUAGAGUCGGACACUCGAACCAAUCCUCUCGCUUGAGGCAGGCCAGGUUCUCCAGAUUCAGGAACCGGAAGGCUUGGCCCGGUAGAGCACUUAAUUUCUGCACAAUCACAUUAUUUGUCCAUGAUCUUCUCAUACGGAGUAGCGUUGCGCCGUACUCCGCAGUUGACCGCGAUAGCGAGUCAUGAUGCCAUGGAAUUACCCAAUUGGUUAGACAAUCAUCGCAUACCAACGGUGUAUCACGCACGUGCUACUCUCUCAGCCCUUCUGCAGUCCACUGCCUAGGUUAGUUGGUUCAAUCUGUUUGACUUUUGCCGCUGGAGAUCGACACCACUAGUUGGUCCUCCUGCUGCAAAGCUCCAGGAACGGAACCCAAAUCUGCGCGCCACGGGCCUCUUUUUGCUCUAUUCCCUCAAUAUUUGACAGUAUUGGCCGUGGGAGUUAUUGUCCUAGCUCAAGUGCCGGGAUAUCCCCCACGGCACUAAGUCUAGGAAGAUUUGGAAGCCAAUGGAAGUCGGGAAUGCACACCGCAGGUUCCGGAAUGAACCCAACCCAACAAGCAUUUCGCCAGACAGGACACCCACCGGCUUAGCACUAUGCAUGCAGCUGCAUCUCGGGUCGAGGAGUGGACACGGUGUACUGUUGGUCCCCGCAAAACCACUGUCGCUCGUCGGUUCUCGGGUCCAAUCUGAUCCCGGGCUAUAGCCAUGGGGAGUAUCUUGGCAGCUAUCAUUACCCAAGAGGAAAUGAGGGAUUUGGCAUCCUUAUCGAUAUCGACUGUGUGUGGAGUUCUUGUUUGGCUCUGAGAGGUGUGGGAAGUUGGUAACAUGAGAGUUUGUAAACCUAAUAAAAAUUCUAACCCAAGUGCUAUAUUGUCCUAGUGUCAAAUAAGUCUCGUAUCGAGAAAAGAAUGCCAAAUGGAACGUUCUUCGAACGUCUUGGCAUGACGACGAGGAUCCUCUUCGUAUAGCUACGUUAUGACGGUUUCAGAAACGUCAUUUGGAAUUUCCAACCAACAGCUUCAAAUAGAUAGUGCUCCGGACUUCGCUGGUGGCGGUGGUUCCCCUGAUGGUACCUUGUACGUACUACUAGUAGGUGGUAAGGUAUCUCCAUUGUCGAAGGGAAACUACUAAGCGACUAGUACGCCACCGGGGGGGUACCGACAAAGAUGAUUGGAGGAUUAGCGGACGCGUAGUCUCUUCCGAGCGAAUGGGUUUGGAAACCUUCAAUAUUUCCGGAAACUGGCCUAAUUGACGGUCUUUCCCGACUAAGAAGGUACCUUGCUAGCUAUGCCCCACCGACUAAUAUAUGUGUGGCUGCGGCUAAGAUAGUAGAUCGUUUAGGUAGAACAAAGACUGAGCAUAUGAUACUGUGUAAGGAAGACCAGAAAUUCCUUAUCGACUCCGAACUAGCAGUAAGACA